UUAUUGAUGAUAAGAUGUGUCCGUUAUUGACCACAGUUUAGUAGACGGGCGGGGCUGUGCGCCUCCCGUGCGCCUCCCGUGCGCCUCCCCCUGCCUCUGAUGCAAAUGAAGGGGCUUACCCGGAUCUACCGCUGCAGAUAUUUGUCAGGCUCCUCCCUGCACUUUUUUUAUCGCCUUAUAACAGGAUAUCUCACUGGCGCGAAAAACGCACUGUGUCUCUCUGUUACACAUUGUGGGGCGGACCUAGUGCCUGUUGUUGGAGCCCCGGUGUUUUUCGCCGUUUUUAAGCGAUACUAAAGCAGAAGCAUCGACUUGGUCGAAACAGCGCGUCUUUGUAUCCAGGAGCAACUCGGACAGCGUUUCUCCAUAUGAUCUCCGUGGACCACGGUCACUGCUCCUUGGCUGCUGAGGGAUUUCCACUGCUCACAAUUUGGUUCUGAGAUUUUGCAGAGAUACGGCUGUGCAGGACGUUCUUCGGAGGCGACAGUCGUACCUUUCGUCGAACACUAUAGAAGAUUCUAUUAGCUGGAAAUAUGGAGUUCGACUGUUACCAGCCCUAUUUUUUCGAUGAUUUCGACACUGAGGAGGAUUUUUACAAGUCAACCGCACCGAGCGAAGAUAUAUGGAAAAAGUUCGAGCUGCUGCCCACCCCUCCCAUGUCUCCCACCCGGACUCUGAGCGGUGCUGCCCUGCAGAUCUCACCGGGAGACAAACGCAGCUGGUUGUCCAAAGUCCUGGGCCAGGACGAGGACCUCGAGGGUCAGUUCAUCCCUGAAACAGAGGAACUGUUCGGCAACCUCAGCUCCAUCAUCAUCCAAGACUGUAUGUGGAGUUGUUUCUCUGCCAGUAAGCAACUAGAGAAGGUGAAGGGCAGAGUGUCAGGUGUGGCGCAGACCACUGUCUCUCCCGUGGCCCAGAUCUCCAUGAGACCAAGCAGAGCGCACUGCGUCUCACCUGGUGGCCCGCACGCCGUGUUGGCGACGGACUGCGUCGACCCCACGGCUGUUCUCACCUUCCCGGCAAGCAGCUGCAGGAAGCCGGCGUCGUCUGGCUCCGAGUCUCGCUCUGAUUCCUCUGAUGAUGAGGAAAUCGAUGUGGUCACUGUGGAGAACAAGCAAAGCCGGAUGCGGCUGGUGAGUGUCAGAAAACCGGUCACCGUCACGGUUCGUGCAGACCCUUGCCCCAAACGCUUUCAUACGUCUGUCCACCGGCAGCAACACAACUAUGCUGCCCGCUUUCCAGACAGUGACCCAGAGUGUGAAGAGGAGGAGGAGGAAGGCGAGGAGGAAGGCGAGGAGGAAGGCGAGGAGGAAGGCGAAGAGGAAGGCGAGGAGGAGUAUGAGAAAGAGCCUCAGAGCAAACGUGCCUGCACGGUGUUUACUAGGCAGUCAAGCUAUUCGGCUUGCGUAUCCCAGCCGGCCUCCCCCUCGGAGACACCCCAGAACUCAGACGCAGAGGACACUGACCGCAGGCGGAACCAUAACUUCCUAGAAAGAAAGAGGAGGAAUGACCUAAGGUCCCGUUUUCUUGCCCUACGGGACCAGAUCCCUGGCUUGGAGUCAGCCAAGACUCCUAAGGUGGCCAUCCUGACCCAGGCAACAGAGUACCUCAUGGAGCUGCACGGCAGGGAGAAACAGCAGCUCCAAGAGAAGAGACGCCUCAAAUCCCGACAGCAACAGCUCCUCCGCAGAUUAUCUGAACUGAAGCGCUCCUGAGACACAGAGAAGUGUGCUUUUGAAAUAAACUGCCUCAUUCACAUUCAAGUCUCAAGUUACUCGUCACUUUUGAGAAGCAACCAGUUUUAUAUUGACAACAGGUCUCAUGUAAAUAGCUGUGAAUUUAGUUUGGAGCAUAGACUGUUUCUGUUGUUCUGGGUUUCCAAUGAAUUGACUAUACUGGCCUGUGAACCUGUUAUGGGGAGGAGCAGUUAGAUGUCAGUGUGCUGUGUUUGGUUUUGUUUUUUUUGCACAGUCAUUUUUAGUUCAGAAGGGGGCGUGGGGGUUACAUGAAUUGAUUUUUAUAGCUAUGACCAAGUUAUUUCCUGGUAUGCUGUGAUGGUGCUUUAUAGUGUGAUGUUGAACAUACGUAUGUAGCCUUCAGGAUGUGUGUGAAAGUUGUCUUCAUUUUAUUAUUGCACACUUAUAAUGGAGUGUGAAGGACUUUCUGUGUACAGAAGCAUGAAUGAAUGAGUUGGCUCCUGCUAUGUUUGGUUUUGUAUGACUGAUUGUUUAAUGUACAAAUUGUUCUGUAAAUAAUAGCUUAUCGCUGCUGGUGAAGGAGACAAAAUCAGAAUUGUCUCCGAGCUUUGUCCCUUUGUAUGAUGUGCCACCAGGCACAGAGGGGCCUUUAUUUUGAUAAGAAAAUAGGAAAAAUUGACAAAAAUGAAUAAGUAGCACUGCUGUACUUUAUAUUCACCCGUCACUUUGUGACUUCAAUGUGAUUGAGGCUUCUCCUAAUUUGGUUUAUUUUUAAAGCAUGCUAAC